CCCUCCUCCCGCCGCUGCACACUCCGAGGAAGGGCUUGUUUUCCUGCCCGGAUGAUGAAUUUCUCCGCAAGGUCAUCCCUGCCCGCGGCGGCGGCGUGCCCGCGGCUCCCCGGGCGCCGCUGCGGAGAUUAGCUUUAGAGGAAACUUGUCACCAACAGCCUGCCCUGCUGUACCCACUGCCCAGCAAGAAAACUCCAAGGAGAAGCUGAGGGCAAAUCACGUCUCAUAGACAGUCCAUGGGGACUGUGCCAAAUCCUCUGAGAUCUGCCAAGCUUUCCCUGGUCACAGCUUCUGCAGAGGAGGACCACCUGGGAGACCUGCAGUCUUCUAAGAACCAGCUUUCACUACCCAGAGACAAGAAGGCCAGCAAUGGGUUCCCAUGCACACCAGCUGGCUCUACUGGGCUUUGCUUGUUUGACCUGAAGUGCCCAGCGGCUGCAAGCACACAGAGGCAGGAGCAACGCUGUGAGGCCAAUGGUAGCCAGCAGGAAGCUUUCCCUCCCAGGCUCACCAGCAAAGCUUCAGAGGAGCAUCCCGCAGCCAUAGAGUCUGCUGGUUGCUCCCAGAGAGAAGGCAGCCAGGGACCAGCAGCACCAGCCCCCACUGCAGCAGGAGCCUCUUUGGUGGGGCAGGGACCAGAGAUGAUGCCAGCCCCCCAGAGCUCCAGGCAGUUUGUGCAAGGUAGCCAGGCGAAAACCAGCUCCUUGACACAAAUGGAUGACUCUGCCUUGAAACCUCAGGGGUCUGAGGAUCAGCCAGCACUUGAGGUGUUAAAUUAUUCUUCCCCGGGUGACCCUACCAGGAGUCAUGAGUCUUGUUAUACUUCUCAAGCAAACCCUGUACAAAGAGGGGAAAAAGACAGGGGACCAGAAAAAUCUGGAUCUGCUGCAUGUCAGUCAGCCUCGCCAGUGAGGCAUGCCAAGGCUGACCUGGGUAGAGACCCACAGACCAGUUUGGAGGCCAAAAGCGGGACUGCAGACGCCGUACAGUUGCAUCCCACAGGCAGAACCCAAGCAGUGCAGAGCAGCGAGGCACCGGCCCAGUGUAGCCCCAAGAGUCCUCAUCCUGUGUGCAAUAUGGAUACCGAGCCAAUGAGUCCAGGCCUCGCCCAGCCCUCCAAGUUCAGAGAAACCAGUACAAUGACAGUUCAGCCAGAGAGCAGCCCUAUAACUCAGGAAGCAGCAAGCAGGACAUGGAGAGACGCAGAGGUUCAAGCCGUGGCUACCAUGGAGAGCAAAUCGGCCUCCACUAGUCCCAGCAUCCUCCCCGCCUUCUUGAAAGGGAAUCCUUCUCCAGAGGAGAAGGAAGAACUGCACGUAAUUUACCAAGGAGAUAUGGCUCUGAGCCAGUCUACACUUACUGACGGUUCAUCCUCACAACAAAAGUCCCCAUGCCCUCCUGGUGUCACGUCAAAAUCAAUUGUUGUUAUGUCUGUGACUGCUUCAGCCCAAACCCAACCUUUCAAAAUGCCUGGAAUGGUGGUGUCUCCAGCAUCAGGAGAUAAUGCAAAACCUGUUCUCUCCUUCUCUUCUGCAGCUGUUACGUCCCAAGGGACAUCUGUAAAUGACACUGAAAUGAUCGGUUCAGCUCAUGACAGGAAGGAUGUCACUCAGCUGCCAACGGGUGCUUCAGUCCCUGUUGAGCAGCUUGCAGUUGACCCUAGUACUCAAACUCCAAUGGAGUUGGGGUCUGGUGCUGGUGAGCCAAGCAUCACUUCUGCUCAUACUGUCCCAGGAACUGAAAACAACAUGCAAGAUCUCGACCACAAUGCAGGAAGCAAACGGUCACCUUUACUCUGUAGCACAGACAGUGAAGUCAAGCAGGAGGAGACCACGGGCAGCUCUGAGCAAAAGCCAGUGCAAAGUAAAGGCGCAGGUCAAGGGGAGGCCAUUCCUAAUCAGUGUGCAGUAAAUGCAAAGGAAGAAAACUUAGCGGUGCUUGAUCCUAAAGGAGACAUGGUUAGCAGCCAGCCUGCUGCUGUCUGCCUAAAGGUGCGCUCAGAGGAUGCAAGGGAGAAGGACGAGGGCAGAGGCCAAGGACACACUGACCAGGCUCAGACAGCCUGCAGCCAGAGCCUGCAGGCAGGACUGACACCGGAAUUGAGUGCGAGUUCCGCAAAUCUCACCCCUCCCUCGGAGACAUCCCAGCAGCAAGACCUCCUGGCCAAGGAACCUAGACACGAGCCUCACACAGCAGCUCUUUCCACCUCAUCUCAGGCCUCUGCAAACCUGGGGGAAUGCAAAAAACAGCCCACCCCUGCCAUGGAGGCAAAAGUGCAGGUGAAGCAGACCAAACAUGUCAGGGAUGUUGUUUGGGAUGAGCAGGGCAUGACAUGGGAGGUUUACGGUGCUUCCCUCGAUCCAGAAUCCCUGGGAAUUGCCAUCCAGAACCACUUACAGAGACAAAUCCGGGAACACAAGAAACUGAUCCGAUCCCAGAACAGUCAGACCCGGAAAUCCAUUUCUUCAGAUACAUCCUCAAAUAAAAAACUGAAAGGGAGGCAGCACAAUGUGUUCCAGUCCAUGCUGCAGAAUUUUAGGCGUCCUAAUUGCUGUGUCCGACCCGCUCCCUCUUCUGUGUUAGACUGAUGUGGUUUUGCAGGUGUGCAUAGAUGUCUGCGGUGGUAGAGAGAAUCCCUCCCCUCGAGUCUUGCUGUUCAGUUGUGUUCAUGGGGUUGUGAUGCAGCAACAGUGGAAAAUUAUUCCCUAUUGUUUUCUAAAUAGCCACAUGCUCCAUCACACUGUUACUAUUGCCACAGCUGGUGUAUUUCCACAUUAUGCCCCCCAUCCUGACUACUGUCAGAUUAAAAGCUAGGCACUUAGCAAAAGCACAAACUUAAAUUGCCACCUUGCUACCGGGAGAGCAUCACCUUCUGACACAGCAAGAAGCAGAGAGAUUGUGAAAAUUAUUCCUGGAAGUCAGUUGUGUGCAUCAUGAGGUCUUCAAGAGGUGGGCUGUGAGAAGCUGGGUGAGGUGAAACUGAUGUUCAACAACUGUAAAGACCUAACACAAGACAACUUUCCUGUAAGUUACCCACAUGAAAAGGCUACAGACGUUGAUUGCUGAGCAGUCUCGCUUCUGUUGAUAACCUUGGGGCACAGAGAACCAGGCUAAGAGUGAGGAUCAAGGCUGAAGGAUUAUCUCUUUGGGAGAAGUUGUAUGAAGGGGAUUUUGAUUACUAGAAGGAGAAGUAAGAGAGAGAUAUAUUCUGCAGGCUUUUUCUGUGCUGCAUCAGCCACACUUGAGGUAUAAACAGGUGGUGCACAGGGGACAGGUGAGGCAAAGGGAGCACAGCAGUAGAGACACUUGUGUCUGAUGGGACAUUGUCCUCACUCGCGCUGUGGUGCUCCAGCCAAGCCUUGAAAAAGCUCUGGCUUCUCAGGCGGGGUGGGCAGCCCCUGCUCCCAGCCUCCCCUGAUGCUGAGCACCUCUCUUCUAAAUCACUUCUUCAAGUGAUGUGGAUCUUUUUUUCUCUCUCCAGAGAUGCACAGUAGUGUUUUCUCAUAGGAGCAGACUGUCCUGUGCAUCUGGGGCCAUCAGCCUACAUGUCUAGUGUGUUACACUGUUUUUUUUUUUCCUUUUAAUUCUUUAGCCAACUCUACUUUUUUUCAGUAUUUCAGGGCUUUUCCUGCUGCCUUUCAUAAACCAAGUACCAUUUACUUAGCCUGUGUGCAUUUUGUUUUACCUAAUGCUCUCUAAUAUUAUAAACCAUUAUAUUGUUAACUUGAAACAUUUACUUUACAAAAGUACUGAAAUCUUGAGACAAUCUUUGCUGUAUUUCUGAUGUUAGAAAAGUUGUAGAAACUGCUAAUAAAAGGCAGCUUAGUGACUGUUUCUCCCAAAGUGUGAUAUACAGUAAUAUCUCAAAUGUACGUUGUUCACAUUUCUCACUUUAAUAAUAUUUUUCAACCUGGGAAAUGUAUUUUCCCAUUAGCUUUUUAUCCUGUCCACUAGACUUCAUGACGGGAGGCUGGGGAGCUCCUGCAGUUUGUAGAAAAUUUAGUUUUCAAUCCUGCAAGGCACUGAGGAUUUGGACAUUGUAAUCCUGCAGAGUACUAGAGUUAAAUAGGGGUUACUUUUAUUCCAUUAAAGAUUUUUCAUGAAUCACAAUGAUAAUUUAUUUCUGUCUCUAGUACCACACUCGUGACUUACUCUGUAGAUCUUACUCUUACAACUUACCCUGUAAAUCUUACAGGUUUACACAGUGUAAAUGAAUAUGUAUUUUUGUUAUUCUUUAAUUUUUCCACUGAAGCAGACCCAAGGUGGUCUACUUUUAUUUAGGAGGCCACACUUUUUGAGUAUAUCAACUGCCAAGCCUUUGAAGCAGCUAUUUUGGGGCAGUUUUUCCCCAUCAGAGAGGUAAAAUACUGUAAGCUACAAUACUUUAACCCAGUUGAAUGAAAGGUGCUGCCCCUCAGCACAUAGUACUGAGUUGACUCUUAGUUUUCCUCUGGUACGUAUUUGGGGGCUUUACGGCACAUACAUCCUUGUUCCAUGGCUUUACCUUAUUUCAGGUCCUCUCCCACUUGAUGCUGAACUGCUAAUUCUGAUAUACCAUGUUAGAGAGUGUCUUCCCAUCUUUGCCUACCAGGAGGAAAGUCUCCUACCUUUCUUCCGUUAGUGCUACUUCUUCCAUCCCCUUCCUAGCAGUGUCCAAGGUGUGAGUUUCGUGUGCAAUUUUGUGUGGGAUUAAACAGUAUCAUUAGGUCAGGUUCGCUUGACAAAGUUCGGUGUCUCUUCCCACGUGGUGUCUGUGUCAGCCGUGACGAGGUUCCCCGAGUUGCCCGCGGCAUUUGCUGUCCCCUGCCAUGGCCCAAGGCUUUGUGCUGCUCCUUUCACUGCCUUUCCACCCCCUCCUUCGCUAUGGCUCCUGCCCAGCCUGUCUUCCUGCCAAACGGGGUCUCUUGGCUCUGCUCGCCUCCCUCUCUCCACUGUCCCCCUCGCUGUAGCAUUGUCAGCCAGCUUGCUCUGAACUGUCCCUUUGCAAAUGUGCUCAGUCUGAAUAUAUAAAUGGAUUGUCUUAUUUUUAUCCAGAGGAGAAUAAAUGGCUAUGGUGCAUUCACCGAUUUCCAUGAACUUUUAUCUUUUUGCUUAAGGUCUCCAAAAUAUUUCUAGCACAUGAGUAUGAGUUACUUUAUGGAGACCAAACUGGGCUUGGCAAUGAAUGAGCAGGGUGCUGGGCCAGCACUGAAAUUAGCUCUUCUUCCUGAGGAAUGGGAGAUCUCUCCUUGUUCCUGCAGCUUAUUCUAGCUGUGAGCCUUCAGCAGCUGAUCCACCCAC